GAGUCUCUGAUUGCUGAGAGCACCCGCUGGCCAGCCCUGGUACUGCAGCCCACAAGGCAGAUGAGUCCCACCAUUACUGGCAAGUCCAUUCCUGACACCUGGUGCCUCGGCACCCGCACUGCAGCCUGAUGUCUCUACCCAGCCUGAUGUCUCUACCCAGCCUGAUGAACUGAUCCAGCCUGAUGAUCCUAUCACGCCUGAUGACCCAGUGCCCGCUGUCAUACCUGGUGAUCCGAUGCCCGCUGUCGAGCCAGACAAUCCAAUGCCUGAUGACCCAGUGCCCGCUGUCAUGCCUGGUGACCCAAUGCCCGCUGUCAAGCCAGACGAUCCGGUACCUGAUGACCCGGUGCCCGCUGUCAUACCUGGUGACCCGAUGCCCGCUGUCGAGCCAGACGAUCCAGCGCCAGAUGACCCGGUGCCUGCUGUCGACCCAGACAAUCCGGUACCUGAUGACCCGGUGCCCGCUGUCGUGCCAAUUGACUCAGAGCCCACUGUCAUGCCUGGUG